AUGUCAAUUCCCCCCAAAUCGAAACGAAAAAAAACAACCAGUGCAAAUAAAGACCUUUACCCAUCCCUACCAUCGCCAGUUACCAAAAGUGUUAACCAAAAUGAUCCAAAAUUCAUCAUUAUAAAAUCCUCUGACGAAAACAACAAAAUUUCUAAGUAUAGUGUGUUCGCUAAAAAGAAAGCCCUUGACGGAAUAAGUACAGAGUACAGCUCCGUAAGCAUUCUCAAGGACGGCAGUUUAUUAGUACUUACAAAAUCUAAAAAGGUGGCUGAAAAGUUCAUAAAAUGUAAAAAUCUUGGUGGCUUAUGCCCAAUAUCUGUGUCCCUCCACGAAUCUCUCAACACGUGUAAAGGUACCAUUUAUGACAAAAACCUAGCCGAAACCGAUGAAAAAGAAAUUAUUGAAGGCCUUAAAUCGCAAGGAGUCGUAGAUGUCUACAAGUUUACCAAAAAAGUGAAUGGAAAUCCAAUGCCAACAGGACGAAUGGUUCUUACAUUUGACCUUUAUAAAGUCCCCCAAGAUAUCGACGUUGCAUGGUAUUCCCUAAAAGUAGAAGAACAUUUCCCAACACCAAUGCGUUGUCGUAAUUGUCAGCUUCUCGGUCACACUACUAAAAAAUGCAACAACAACACCACCUGUGAGGUCUGCAAUCUCCCCCCUCAUACCCCUGAACUAUGCCAACGCAAAAUGUGCGCCAACUGCUUUGGUCCACACCCCGCUUCAGCUAGAGACUGUCCUAAAUACCUUGAGCAAAAACAAAUAUUGAAAAUUAAAACACAAAAUAAGUGUAACUUCAACGAAGCCAAGCGGCUAUUCAAGCUACAAAACCCGUUUUCUCUCAAUGGAAAACAAACGUAUGCAUCCGCAAUAACCGAACCUUCCCCUGUCCUACUAACCAGUACAACCGCCGAAAAUUCACCAUCUCAUCCUAUCUCAAAAACAACAACUUCUGACACUUCUCAAAAUACAGCAAAUAACAUAAACACUAAUAAGCCACCCGCACUCCCUUUACCCAAGCACUCACUCAACUCAGAAGAUAAUACCACAACACACUUCGCAUCUCUCUCCCCCAACUUUCUUAAAAAUAACAAAAGCACUACAGUACAAGAAUCAUCAUCUCUCGUAACACAGCCGAACACAACUAGCUCACUUACUCCAACAUCUCACAGCAUACCAUCACAUAACUUGAGCUCGUUUACAAUAAACUACUCAGACAUGAGUGCCCGGGCACUCACAGUGCGUACGCCUCACCUCAGUGCAAACUCUUUUAAUAACUCAAUCGAAAAUCCAAUUGAUCGCACGAUUACAAAUACUAUCAAUUCCUCAGAAACUCUCUCUAAUUACCAACUGCCUGAUGACUACAUGAAUUAUGUACAUUAUCAACUCCACUCUACGUCAGUCUCUCAGGUUCAAGUUGAUGAUAUAGAAAUAGAUCACGACGAGCCUACACUAUGA